UUGUGGCUUGUCAUUGUUCGGGGCAGCGAUCUGCUGUGCCGUGCCGUUUGCAAGGUCAGGCAUUGUGCAGCGUGUGAAUCCACUGGCCUGUAUUGACGCUUACUGGCGUGGGUUAAAUAUUGCGAUUUUGCAGGUAUUGACCUACCUGUAUUGGACACCUGACCGCUCUGAAAGGGAGACAUUUCUGAGGUCUGUUUUGAACGUUUUGUUCAGAAUUCCUGCUUGUGGCUUGUGGGUGGUAGAUAUUUUAUUUUGCGUAGCUUCCUGUCAUAGGUAGCGGAAAACGCCUUAGCUGCAAAUAUGACAAAUCAAAAUCAGAAUGCAAAGCAAGCUAAGAAUGAGUCAAAAGAAGAGCCUAAGAAUGAUGGACAGGUGCAAGCCAAGGACAAAAAGGAGAAGGAUAAGGCUGCAAAGGAACAGGAGGAAUUGUCAGAGGAAGACAAGCAGCUGCAGGAGGAAUUGAACAUGCUGGUGGAGAGGCUUCAGGAAAAUGAUACGUCACUAUACAUGCCAGCACUGGAGUCACUCCGUACCAUGAUCCGGGCCUCCACCACGUCGAUGACCUCGGUGCCCAAGCCACUCAAGUUUAUGCGGCCGCAUUUCGAGACAAUGAAGACGAUUCACGCGAACAUGACGGAUAAGAAGGUGAAGGGCACAUGCGCCGACGUUGUGUCCGUGCUGGCCAUGACCAUGUCAGACCAGCGCGAGUGCCUCAAGUACAAACUGGUCGGCUUUAGCAACGACGUGGGCGACUGGGGCCACGAGUAUGUCCGGCACCUUGCGGGUGACAUCGCGUCCGAGUGGACCGAGCCGACGGAGUCGGCCGAGGAGGGCGGGACCGAGCAGGCGCGCGAGGCGCUGGUCCGGCUCUCCGCCCAGCUGGUGGCCUACCUCAUGGAACACAACGCCGAGGCCGAGGCCUGUGACCUGCUCAUGGAGAUCGAGCGGCUCGACCUUCUCAGCCAGCACGUCAGCAAGGACACGUACCAGCGCGUCUGCCUGUACCUUACCAGCUGCGUGCCGUACGUGCCGGACCCGGAGAACACGCGGCAGCUGCACGUGGCGCUGCAGCUGUUCCGCAAGUUCGAGCAGUACCCGCAGGCGUUGCGGAUCGCCAUGCAGCUGCAGGAUCAGGCGCUCAUCCAGGAGAUCUUCUUCGACUGCAAGGACAAGUCACUUCAGAAACAGCUGGCCUACAUGCUGGCCCGGCAAGGCGUGUUCGUCGAUCUGAACGAGGACGACCACGGCGACCUGGUGGAGAUCAUCAACAACACCGACCUGAACACGAACUUCCUAUCCCUGGCGCGCGAGCUGGACAUCAUGGAGCCCAAGACGCCGGAGGACAUCUACAAGUCGCACCUGGACAACGCGCGCCCGUCGUUCGGCGCCAACGUCGACUCGGCGCGGCAAAACCUGGCGGCCAGCUUCGUCAACGGCCUGGUGAAUGCGGGCUUCGGCCGCGACAAGCUCAUGACCGACGACGGCAACAAGUGGCUCUACAAGAACAAGGAGCACGGCAUGAUGAGCGCCAUGGCCUCGUUCGGGCUGGUGCUGCUGUGGGACGUGGACGGCGGCCUGACACAGAUCGACAAGUACCUCUACUCCAACGAGGACUUCAUCAAGGCGGGCGCGCUGCUCGCCUGCGGCAUCGUCAACUCGGGCGUGCGCAACGAGUGCGACCCGGCACUGGCGCUGCUCUCCGACUACCUGCUGCACCAGAACAACCUGAUCCGGGUCGGCUCCAUCCUGGGCUUGGGAAUCGCGUACGGCGGCACCAACCGAGAAGAUGUGCUGUCCAUCCUCCUGCCCGCCAUGCAGGACCCCAAGUCCAACAAGGAGGUGGUGGCCGUGACGGCUCUGGCCUGCGGCAUGAUCGCCGUCGGCUCCGGCAACCCGGACGUGGCGCCGGCCAUCCUGCAGGUCAUCAUGGACCGCGCCACCGCCGGCGACACCAAGGACGCCUACGUCAAGUUCCUGCCGCUGGCGCUCGGACUCAUCUACCUCGGCAAACAAGAGGACGCCGAGGUCAUCACGUGCGCGCUGGAGGUGUGCGACGAGCCGUUCCGCUCCAUGGCCACAACCAUGGUGGAGGUGUGCGCCUACGCCGGUACCGGCCACGUACUCAAGAUCCAGAAGCUGCUGCACAUCUGCUCCGAUCACUACGAGCCGGAGAAGGCCGAGGACAAGAAGGACGACAAAAAAGACGACAAGAAGGCGGCGGCCAAGGAGGACAAGGCGGCGAAGAAGGAGGAGCCGCGGCCAGUGGACCACUCGGCGCAGCAGAGCGUGGCCGUGCUGGGUCUGGCGCUCAUCUCCAUGGGCGAGGACAUCGGCUCAGACAUGAUGCUGCGCAUGUUUGGACACCUGCUGCGCUACUGCGAGCCCUGCAUCCGGCGAGCGGUGCCGCUGGCGCUCGGUCUCAUCUCCGUCUCCAAUCCCAAGCUCAGCAUCCUCGACACGCUCAGCAAGUUUUCGCACGACGCCGACCAGGAGGUGGCGCACAACGCCAUCUUCGCCAUGGGCCUGGUCGGGGCCGGCACCAACAACGCCAGGCUGGCGGCCAACCUGCGGCAGCUGGCGCAGUACCACGCGCGAGACCCCAACAACCUGUUCAUGGUGCGGAUCGCGCAGGGCCUGACGCACAUGGGCAAGGGCACGCUGACGCUGAACCCGUGGCACAGCGACCGGGCACUCAUGUCGCCGGUGGCCGUCGCCGGCCUCAUGGCCACGCUCACCGCCUUCCUGGACGUCAAGUCGCCUAACUUGUAG